UGGCCGAUCGACGAAAGAAUGUGCAGGUUGAUGAUCAAGGGCCGAUUCUUCAACAAAGCAUAAUAAACGUGCACAGCCCACACUCCGGAAGUACUGAUGAUGACAAGGACGCAUUUUACGCGCAGCUCGAACGCGAGUACGACCGCUGCCCAAGCCACGACGUCAAGAUCAUCAUAGGAGAUUUGAACGCUCAGGUAGGCCAGGAGGAGGAAUUCAGACCGACGAUUGGUAAGUUUAGCGCCCACCAGCAAACGAACGAAAACGGCCUACGGCUCAUUGAUUUCGCCGCCUCCAAAAAUAUGGCCAUACGUAGCACCUUUUUCCAACACAGCCUCCCUUAUCGUUACACCUGGAGAUCACCACAGCAGACGGAAUCUCAAAUCGACCACGUUCUGAUUGACGGGCGGCACUUCUCCGACAUUAUCGACGUCAGGACCUAUCGUGGCGCCAACAUCGACUCCGACCACUAUCUGGUGAUGGUCAAACUGCGCCCAAAACUCUCCGUCAUCAACAAUGUACGGUACCGGCGACCGCCACGGUACAACCUAGAGCGACUGAAGCAACCGGAUGUCGCCACAGCAUACGUGCAGAAUCUCGAAGCCGCGUUGCCAGACGAGGGCGAGCUCGAUGAGGCCCCUCUAGAGGACUGCUGGAGUACAGUGAAAGCAGCCAUCAACGACGCAGCCGAGAGCACCAUCGGGUACGUGGAACGGAAUCGACGGAACGAAUGGUUCGACGAAGAGUGCAGAACGGUUUUGGAGGAGAAGAACGCAGCGAGGGCGGUAAUGCUGCAGCAAGGGACUCGACAGAACGUGGAACGUUACAAACAGAAGCGGAAACAGCAGACCCGCCUCUUUCGAGAGAAAAAGCGCCGCCUGGAAGAAGCGGAGUGUGAAGAAAUGGAACUGCAGUGCCGUUCCCAAGAAACACGGAAGUUCUAUCAGAAGCUCAACGCAUCCCGCAACGGCUUCGUGCCACGAGCCGAAAUAUGCAGGGAUAAAGACGGAGGCCUCGAUGGACGGACGUGAGGUGAUCGAAAGGUGGAAGCAGCACUUCGAUCAGCACCUGAACGGCGUGGAGAACGUAGGCACGGGAGCCCACGACAACGGAAGGAACGACGACGCCAGUGCAGCGGAGGACGGAAAUGAACCAACUCCCACGCUGAGGGAAGUUAAGGAUGCCAUUCACCAGCUCAAAACCAACAAAGCAGCUGGUAAGGAUGGUAUCGCAGCUGAACUCAUCAAGAUGGGCCCGGAAAAGUUGGCCACCUGUCUGCAUCGGCUGAUAGUCAGGAUCUGGGAAACCGAACAGCUACCGGAGGAGUGGAAGGAAGGGGUAAUCUGCCCCAUUCACAAGAAAGGCGACCAUUUGGAAUGUGAGAACUUCAGGGCGAUCACUAUUUUGAAUGCUGCCUACAAAGUGCUAUCCCAGAUCAUCUUCCGUCUUCUGUCACCUAAAACAAAUGAGUUCGUGGGAAGUUAUCAAGCCGGCUUCAUCGACGGCCGGUCGACAACGGACCAGAUCUUUACCGUACGGCAAACCCUCCAGAAAUGCCGUGAAUACCAGGUCCCAACGCACCACCUGUUCAUCGACUUCAAAGCGGCAUACGAUAGUAUCGACCGCGCAGAGCUAUGGAGAAUCAUGGACGAAAACGGCUUUCCUGGGAAGCUGACUAGACUGAUUAAAGCAACGAUGGACUGUGUGCAAAACUGCGUAAGGGUUUCGGGUGAACUAUCCAGUUCAUUCGUAUCUCGCCGGGGACUGCGACAAGGUGACGGACUCUCAUGUCUACUCUUCAACAUCGCGCUGGAAGGUGUGAUGCGACGAGCCGGGCUCAACAGCCGGGGAACGAUUUUCACAAAAUCCGGUCAAUUUGUGUGCUUUGCGGACAACAUGGACAUUAUCGCUAGAACAUUUGGAACGGUGGCAGAACUGUACACCCGCCUGAAACGCGAAGCAGCAAAGGUCGGACUGGUGGUGAAUGCUUCAAAAACAAAGUACAUGCUGGCGUAACCGGUAGGCGGAACCGAACACGACCGGAUCCGUCUGGGUAGUAAUGUUACGAUAGACGGGGAUACUUUCGAGAUGGUGGAGGAAUUCGUUUACCUCGGAUCCUUACUGACGGCUGACAACAACGUGAGCCGUGAAAUUCGGAGGCGCAUCAUCAGCGGAAGUCGGGCCUACUAUGGGCUCCAGAAGAAACUGCGGUCGAAAAAGAUUCACCCACGCACCAAAUGCACAAUGUACAAAACGCUAAUAAGACCGGUGAUCCUCUACGGGCACGAGACAUGGACCAUGCUCGAGGAGGACCUGCAAGCACUCAGAGUUUUCGAGCGACGCGUGCUAAGGACGAUCUUCGGCGGUGUGCAGGAGAACGGUGUGUGGCGGAGAAGGAUGAACCACGAGCUCACUGCACUUUACGGCGAACCCAGCAUCCAGAAGGUGGCCAAAGCCGGAAGGAUACGGUGGGCAGGGCAUGUUGCAAGAAUGCUGGACAACAACCCUGCAAAGCUGGUGUUUGUAACGGAUCCGGUUGGCACAAGAAGGCGUGGAACGCAGAGAGCACGAUGGGCGGACCAGGUGGAGCGUGACUUGGCGAGCAUUGGGCGCGACCGAGGAUGGAGAGCGGCAGCCACAAACCGAGUAUUGUGGCGUACUAUUGUUGAUUAUGUCUUGUCUUAAUAAUGUGGAACAAAUAAAUGUAUGUGUAUGUAGUUAAUGAAUUAGCAUAAAAAUGCAAGGGGUAUCCAUUAUGCUUUGAUGGGUGUCCAUUUUGCCCCGUACCUUUCCUGCUAGUCCUAAAAAAACAUAGGUUUACAAUUUACUAUUUCUUCACAAUAAAGACAUACUACCGUAAAACGGGGUCUCAUUGAUCAGCGGGGUAACAUUGAUCGGCUUGACCGACCUCAUGAAAUGUUCAAACAACUAUUUUGAAUCAGUUUCUGCAAUCGAAUAGUAUAUCUCAAUCUGCUAUAAUUUAGCUAUUAAAUGACAUGUGAUUCACAAAAAUUGAAUUUCAUGAACAUUGAAAUAAAUUAAUUUUUCCAUAACUGUGUCUCGUAACGCAAUGAGAUACAUUGUCAAACAUUUAUGCAUGGCAUGAAUACUAAAUACAAUAUGAGGUUCGAAAUCACUGUAUUACUUCAAUAUGAUAUCCUGGAGUUAGAGUUAAUAAACGAAACUUUUAUGAAAAUGCUAUUUUUCAAUAAAAUAUACGAUUUAUUUAAAUAGGCUAUCCAUUCCUUAAGCCAUUGCCUACCUUUAGACGUUAUUCGUGGUUUGGAGGAUUUUAAUCCUAAAAUAACUUAAACAAAUCAUAUCUUGUAAGAAUUUGGACAACUUAUUCCAAAUCAGCGACCCCGAAUUUAGUAAGUAAGGGUAUUUUUAACACAAACGAACAUUGUUUACUUGGGUAAUCAAUGUUACCCCCAAAAUCAAAAAUUAGAAUAAAAAAAUUAUUUAAACAUGUUUUAAAGUUUCACAAUAUUUUUUCGACUAGCUUAACAUAUACUCAGAGGGUCAGUACUUGUUUUAAAAAUAUAUAACAAAUAACGUUUGCUUUUACAAGAGAAUUAUUCAAGAAGGAUCGAAAAUUCUGAUCAAUGUUACCCCGGAUUAUGGUACCUGCCGUAAAUAAUUGAAAUACGUAGGAAACAAGCAAAAGUUGUAUGCUUACUGAUAAUGUCUCUGUUAUACAGUCCUAAUGUACCUACUAAUUGCUUAGGGUGUCCAUGAUGCCCCUAAUCUUCCAAAAUAUAAUAAACAACAAGGCACGAUGAUCGAAAAAAGUUUGUUAUGAGUUGUAUAAUUGAUAAAUACUAUCUCAAUAAGUACGUAUAAAAAUUUCCACGUCUUACAUGGGUACCAUGUUCAUUGUUUAUUUCUUAUAAGUAUGCAUUUUAGUGCAGUCAUGCGAGUAAUGUGCGGUUUGUCAAUUAAAUUAGACAGCAAAUUAAUGCAAUAUAUAACUGACUCAGAUAUCUGAGUCAGAAAAAUGUCAACUGCGUAACAAAUUAGUUUGGAUAUCAGUGAACAUUCUUUAAUUGAAGUCUAAUGAAACAAUUGAAAGAAACGUUGGUUUGUACUGACCGUUUCCGCAUGAUUGAUUCACUUCCACUCACUAGAUCGUUGACCGUUGAUGUAAGCCAUUGCCGUUGAAUUCAUAUCCAAGGUCAGAUUAUGAUAUCCACAGACUUUUAUCCUGAGACUUCGGUCGAAGCCUUAAAUCUUCUAGACUUCAGCUAGUAUCAGCUACGUGUUGCAAGUUAGUGGGAUUUUUUGCACAUACACACUUGGAAAAGAUCAUGUAAGUUUGCGCAACUUGGAUGUACAUAUGCAAGCGGCACAUGUGAUGUAAAUUUCUGUUACAUUUAACUGAAUUUUUCGUCAUAUGAAACGUAAUGAUGCACGAUUCUUAAAUUGUUUACGCCACGUUGAGGUCAAUUUUACGAGAAUGACGUACUAUUAGGUUAAAAGACCUUUAAAUUUACGUCAUUAAAUUGGUUACGUUCUGUGCAAUAAGUUUACGUCACGAGUAAUACUGAUUUUUUCGUAGUGUGUUGAGACAAUAGGAAAAUUUCGCCGUCCAUAACCUCUUUGACAGACUUUAAGGAUUUUUUUUGGGUCGCCGUCCAUAACCUCUUUGACAGACUUUAAGGAUUUUUUUUUUGGGAAACGAGGAUUUUAAGAUUUAGAGCGCUCCAGCACUUCGUGUGCUUGCAUAUCCUCCUCGAACAUAUUCCAGAUUUUGUGCCAGUAGAGAACGUCAACCGUUAGUAUGGAUACGAGGUAGAUCAAUUCCUCCGCCACCUUAAAGGUAUCCCCGUCUUUCGUCGUGACAUUACUACCUAGACGGAUCGGACGGUUCCACAAGCCAACAUGUACUUAUUUUUGACACAUUCAUCAUCAGUGAGACCUUCGCUACUUCGCGUUUCAGGUGGGUGACUAACCCUGCCUCCGUUCCAUAUGUUCUGCACAAAAAUUGACCGGAUUUUGUGAAGAUCGUACCCCGGUUGCUGAGUCCAACUCGUCGUAUUACACCUUCCAGAGCGUGCCAUGAUACAAGCCAUGAGACUGUAAAGGUCCUGAAGGGAGCAAACUGCAGGUGAAGCGGCGGCGAAGGCCUCAGGUACAAGGCUACAAUGGCACACAUUUCCUAAGGCCUAAGGUACAAUGGCAGGAGAAUGCACCUUUGAAGCCGUCUUACUGUACUGAUACCAGAAGGUACAAGGCUGCACGAGUCCACCCACGUGUUUGAUUUGUCCAAGGUGCCUUCAAAAUAGUCGUAGCAAACAAAUCACAGUGCAGGUAACGCAGCUGAACCUGAGUCACUGUGACGUAGCUCAGCAAAUGUUUAGCCAGGCAGUUUCUGAGUAGGGGACGGAUAUCACUGUCAUAGCGGACCAAUAUCGAGUACCCGCCGGCAACGGCAAUUGGGUCGCGGAUGGGUGCAGAAAAAUGGCGGCGAUGUAGAUGGCGGGUAAAUACCCCGUCCAUGAGUUGGUGUCUACUACCUAUGAGGGCUUCGGGGUCGCCAUAGCAAACGGGGUCUUCUUCUGUAGCUGUUAUGCGCCUCCGCGGUGGCCAAUAUGCAGUUAACGCAGAUGCUGAACUGUAUGACGACCGUGCUAACAGGGCGAAUGCCUUUGGUAAUAGCGUGUGACUUUAAAGCAGUGUUUCCCAAACUUUCAGGAGGUAUCGCCCCCUUGGAGCUUGAGAAAAAUAUUUUCGCCCCCCUAAGUGGGAUCAAUUUUUCCAUGAUGAAAGGUUUAAAAUGUGCAUAUCGGAAGCCCUUAUUAACCCACUAUUUGACACUACUAUGGUAAAACUACUAUUUAAUGUACCUAAAUUAGUAUCGCUUUCAUUUUCAUUGAGUUGUAAUGUAAAUACGUUGAUUGUCUGCAUUUGAAGAAAAGCUGCA